GGCCUGGUCACGUGGGCCCCACAGGGCAAAGUCUCCUGGUCCAAGACGCUGAAACUCAGGCGAGAUGGGUGCGCCAGGCCGGGUCCUGCUGUGGCUGCAGCUCUGCGCGCUGACACGGGCCGCCUACAAACUCUGGGUCCCCAACACCUACUUUGAUGCCGCCGAUAACUGGAGCCAGAACCAGACCCCAUGCGCAGGCGCUGCCGUCAAAUUCCCUGCGGACAAGAUGGUGUCCGUCCUGGUGCGAGAAGGUCACAGCAUCUCGGAUAUGGAAGAGCUCCAGGAUCGUAAAAGAGAAAACAUCCAUUCAUUCAUUCAUUGUUCAUUCAUUGAUCGGGCCUCUCCACCCGCCUCUCCCUUCCGGUGCCCAGCUGCCAGGACGGGAGCCCUCCUCCCUGUGCAGAGCCUUCAGUGCACCUGCAUCCUUGCACACCGCCCGCUCCUGCCACUGGACGGGGAAUUUGUCCUGGCCUCCGGAGCUGGAUUCAGCGCCCAGAACACCGGCUCACACCUGGACUGUAGCGCAGGAGCCUCCGCGCUCUUCCUCGACCCCGACCGUUUCUUGUGGCACGACCCGCGCCUGUGGAGCGCGGGGGACGCGGGGCGCAGUCUUUUCUCCGUGGACGCUGAGCGCGUGCCCUGCCGCCACGACGACGCCGUCUUCCCGUCCGACGCCUCCUUCCGGGUGGGCCUCGGCCCCGGCACCGUGCGGGUCCGCAGCGUCCGGGCUCUGGGCCAGACGUUCACGCGCGACGAGGACCUGGCUGCCUUCCUGGCGUCCCGCGCAGGCCGCCUGCGCUUCCACGGGUCGGGCGCGCUGAGCGUGGACCCCGAGGCCUGCGCGGACCCGUCGGGCUGCGUCUGCGGCAACGCCGAGGUGCAGCCGUGGAUCUGCGCGGCACUGCUCCAGCCCCUGGGCGGCCGCUGCCCCCAGGCCGCCUGCCAAGACGCCCUCCGGCCCGAAGGGCAGUGCUGCGACCUCUGCGGAGCCAUCGUGUCGCUGACCCACGGCCCCGCUUUUGACCUGGAGCGGUACCGGGCGCGGCUGCUGCACGCCUUUCUGGCCCUGCCCCAGUACCAGGGGCUGCGAAUGGCCAUGUCCAAGGUUCCGCGCCAACCGCACCUGCAUGAGGCCUCCGGCGCGAAAGCGGACACAGAGAUCCAGGUGGUGCUGGCAGAGACCGGGCCCGAGACGGGCAGCGCGGGGCGGCUGGCCCGGGCCCUUUUGGCGGACAUAGCGGAGCACGGCGAGGCCCUCGGGGUCCUGUCCGCGACCGCUCGGGAGUCGGGCCCGCCCGUCGGAGGCAGCUCGGCUGCUGGGUUGAACGCGCCAGGGGCGCGCUCGGAUCUGAUGGGCGGCUUGGUGGCCGCGCUGCUGCUAUUGCUGCUGGUGCUGCUGGUGGCGGCGCUGCUGUUGCGCCGCGCGGGGAGGCUCAGGUGGAGUAGGCGCCACGAGGCCGCCUCCGAGCCGGCUGGGACGCCCCUGGGCUUCCGCAACCCGGUGUUCUACACGGCAGACUCCGUGGACCCGCCCCCGGCCCCGCAGCCGGACGUCAGGAGCUCCAGCCGCAGCUACUUCAUUAAUCCGCUGUAUGGCGAAGCCGAGGCCGAGGCCGAGGCCUGAGCAGCCGCGUAACCCGCCCGCCCUCUCCUGCCGGCGUCAGGGGCCCUGCGGGAUCCCCGCCCCCUCCGCUGGCCAAGGAUAGGGUGGCCUUGUCCAAUAAAGGGGUUUCCUGCA